AUGGGGUCAACCGGCUCGCCGGCGCCAACGCGCCCGCCCAUCUCCUCUGUCCUGCCCCCUUUGAUACUAGGCACAGCAACAUUCAACACCCAGUAUGUCGACGACCCGGCCAAGAUGCCAUACAAGUCCAUCGUCUCCCGUGCACUGGAGCUGGGAAUCAACGCAUUCGACACCUCACCUUACUACGGCCCAUCUGAGAUCCUCCUGGGUGAUGCUCUCCACCACAACACCGUCCCCAACAGCGCCAACACCAAGAUCCUCGAUUCAGACUCUCAGAUAUACCCUCGUGACAGUUACAUGAUCCUGACAAAGGCCGGCCGCAUAUCAGGCAAUAGCUUCGACUACAGUCCCGCGUGGAUCCGUUACAGCGUCCUGCGCAGUCUGAAGAGGCUACACACCCCUUACCUGGACCUGGUCUACUGUCACGACGUCGAGUUUGUCUCCCCAGCCGAGGUUCUCGCUGCCGUGAAGGAGCUGCGCCGUCUGCGUGAUGAGGAUGGUGUCAUUCGCUACGUCGGCAUCAGUGGCUACCCGGUCGAUGUGCUCUGCGAGUUGGCCGAGAUGAUAUAUCGCGAGACAGGCGAGGGCGUUGACGCUGUUAUGAGCUACUGUCACUGCUCAGUGCAGAAUCACCGCCUGGUGGAGGGCUUCAUGGAGGACGAGGACGAGGAAGUGAACAACGCGCCUAUCACAAACGGUAACACGAGCCAUCUCCCACCGCUCGUGCGGCUGAAGCGCGCUGGCGUAUCCACCGUCCUCAACGCCUCCAUGCUCGGGAUGGGCCUCCUGACCACGCGGGGCGUGGACCACGGGCCCCAGGCCGCCUGGCACCCAUCGCCGCCUCCGCUGCGCAAGGGGUGCGCCGACAUGGCGGCGGCCGCGACGGCAGAGGGCGAGAAGUUGGAGCGGGUGUCGAUCCGUUGGAGCUUGGACACGUGGGCGCGGGCGGGAGCGCGGUCUGGGCUGGGCGUCAGCCUCAAGGGCAAGGGCAAGCAUGAGAGCCUGAGCGACAGCAACAGCAUCGGCGGCAGCGUCAUGGGCAUCACAACGCUGGCGGAGCUUGAGGAGACCUGGGGCGUCUGGCUGUCUGUGCUGGCCGAGAGCGUGCCCGAUGUACAGCUCGGCGGGGACGACGACCGCAACGGCAUCGCGCGCGAGGCGUCGCAAGAUGUCGUCGUCGUCAACGGCGACAGGGACCUACAGACCGCGUCGCUGAAGCGCUGCGAUCAGGUGCGACACCUGGUCCGCGAGAAGCUCUGGCCACUGCUCGGCCAGUGGCGCAACCACAGCUGGCCAUCCGGCCUCGAGGAGGAGGGUUUUACGAACACGAGGCGGCCUGAGGACGCGGGCAAGGUGCCGUUGGAUGAUGGAAUAAUUGCCGAGUACGAGGCGAGGAGGUAG